AUGGAGCCGUUCACCUGCUUCAUGGAUGUGGAAAAUUCGCGCUCUUAUAUUGACGAACUUUAUUCGGAUGAGAAUUACAAAUGCCAGCAGGCGAUCAUCUGUUUGAAAAAUGCCGUCAUUGGUUCGAACAAGAAAAAAGGCUCCAUCAUAUCGCAGGGCAUUGUGCCGAGACUAAUUGCUUUGCUAUGCAAUGCAACAAAACCGCUGCAACUCCGUAUCGAUGCCGGUAUCGUGCUAGGAUCCCUUGCAAAGGGCACCGAGUCGCAGGUUCAUUCCCUAAUGCGUUUCAAUACUGUUGAAGUUUUGAUUGCAAUAGUUUUCGAUCCCAACACGGACGAACGAUUGAUGGAAACAUGCCUUGGUGCAUUGCAGACGAUUGUACAGUACCCGUUUGCACCAUUGGAUUUAAUCCAUUCGGAUAUUAACAAUAUUAAGCGAUUGAUUAAAAUAGCAUCACCUACCAGUAGUUUUGCGUGCCAGACGUAUGUCGUAAACAUUUUCGUUCCUCUUUGUCACUCCUCGCAUCAACAGAAGAAUCUAUGCCAAGCGGAGGUAAUACCUUUUCUCGCCCGUCUGAUGACCUCCGAAAAUACAUCGCUGCAAGUACCUGCAUUGAAAUGUUUAGCAGCGAUGUGCUUCACUAACAAAUCCGUCUCGAACAUCGUCCAUUCGACCUAUCACGGCGACCGUUCCAUUCUGGAUAUUCUGACGACCUUGUUAUCUCGAACAAGGGACGUACAGGUACAGCUCUCUGCAAGUCGUUGCCUCACAUACCUCCACCGUUCCGGUUCAUUACCGGCAGAGGACUAUCGGAUCGUUUAUAAAACCUUGCCAUGCCUGGCACGUCUUUGUUCGGACGAGUUUGAGGAAGAUACGAGAGCAACAGCCGCGGAAACACUUGCAUACCUAGCGGAAAUUGAUUCGGAGUUACAACGAUUGGCAGCAAUCAGUAAUCAUUUGAUAGCCUCACUUGCAAAUUUAGUAAAAUUUCCUCUAAGCAUGUCUAGACAAGGCGCCUUUCGUUGUUUUGCUUCUCUCGCAGCUAAUGACGAGGAAAUACGAAAGCGCAUCAUUGAAAUGGAUGGUUUAAUGGAGGAGGUACUAAGUGGAUUAAAAGAUUGUUAUCCGGAGGUCCGUCUAUCAGCAGUACGAUGUCUUCAUUCUUUGUCACGCUCUGUACAACUUCUUAGAACAACUUUUCAGGAUCAUUCGGUGUGGCGUCCAUUGAUGGAUUUGCUGUCUGGAGAUCCCUCCCUCGAGUUACAAACUGUUGUAACUUCAACCAUUUGUAACCUUCUACUAGAAUUCUCACCUGCCAAGGAACCAAUGCUCGAAUCCGGUGCCGUAGAAAUGCUUUGCGAGCUUACUAAACAUCCCGAUCCAGCGCUAAGGCUAAAUGGAAGUUGGGCUCUAAUGAACAUGGCCUUUCAAGCCGAACAGCACGUAAAAACGAAAAUAAUUAACACACUAGGAACGGGUAGAAUAUUCCAAUUGCUUGGCGAUCGGGAUGAACGUGUCAUUAUGAAGACAUUGGGCCUGCUACGGAAUCUUUUGAGCAAUACUCUGCAUAUCGAAACAAUAAUGUCGGAACAUUCGAGCGAAGUUUUAAGAGCGGUAAGUCUUGUGUUAGAUGAUCCACAUCCACCAGAAGUGAAGGAGCAAGCUAUAAUAAUCAUAGGUAACAUAACGGCUGGGGCACGCGAUGAAGAUUACGUGUUGCAGGACGAAAAGAUUGUCAAAAAGAUCAGAGAUUUUUUGAUCGCAAAUGACAAUAAAUUACAGAUGGGUGCUGUGUUUGUUGUUCGAAACCUUCUAGAUAAGAGCGGUCGGCAGCAUAUAUUACGACAGUGGGGGUUUCUUGAAAAUCUAGAACAGUUGCUACACAUGACACCGCAACACUCGCAGUUCUAUGAGGACAUACGAGAUGAAAUUUUAAGGUUUGAUUACUCGGAAGAUCAUUGAAUGUCAAAG